CCAGGCCGAUCCCGGGCGGUCCCGGCGGGUCCCGGUGCCCGUCCCGGUGCCCCUCCCGGUCCCCCCGGGCUCAGCCGCUCCCCCGCUCCCUCCAGGCUCUCCCUGCUCGAUGCCACUCGCCAGCUCGCCCAGGACAUCGCCGAGAAAAUCCAGGAGCGGAACCGGUGCCAGCGGAGCGGGGAGAGCUCAGCCAAGAUCAAUGUGGCCAUCAGAUCAUCGCUGCAGAAUCUCAGGGAGAAGAUUGAUCAGCUGAAGGAGUUGCUGCUUCGGGCGGUGUCAACACGCCAAAUCACACAGCUGGAGGGAGACAGGAGGCAGAAUUUGGUGGACGACCUUCUCACACGACAUAAACAACUUGAGGCAUCUUACAAGAAUGAAGGCCCAGAACCAGAUAUGACAAG